UGUGGGAGCGCGCGGGAGCGGCGCUGCUGGUCGCUGGGUGCUGAGGCGCGGGCCGCCAGGUUUGUUCCUGGCCUUCCAUAAAAAUGUCCAAGCAACAGCCUGCUCAGUUCAGCAAUCCAGAAACUCCUGGCUACGUGGGAUUUGCAAACCUUCCCAACCAGGUUCACCGCAAGUCUGUGAAAAAGGGGUUUGAGUUUACCCUGAUGGUAGUUGGUGAAUCUGGACUGGGAAAAUCUACUUUAAUAAACAGCCUCUUCUUGACAGAUCUGUACCCAGAAAGGAUAAUCCCAGGAGCUGCUGAGAAGAUUGAACGCACUGUGCAGAUCGAAGCCUCGACAGUUGAAAUCGAAGAGAGGGGAGUGAAGCUGCGUCUGACGGUCGUAGAUACACCAGGGUAUGGGGAUGCGAUCAACUGCCGAGACUGCUUUAAGACCAUAAUCUCUUACAUUGAUGAGCAGUUUGAGCGCUACCUGCAUGAUGAGAGUGGUCUGAACAGGAGGCACAUCAUAGAUAACCGGGUCCAUUGCUGCUUCUAUUUCAUCUCCCCGUUUGGGCAUGGUCUUAAGCCUCUGGAUGUUGAGUUCAUGAAGGCCAUACACAACAAAGUAAAUAUUGUACCAGUGAUUGCAAAAGCUGAUACACUUUCCCUGAAAGAGAGAGAAAGACUAAAGAAAAGGAUUCUGGAUGAAAUAGAAGAGCAUGGCAUCAAGAUUUAUCACCUCCCUGAUGCUGAAUCAGAUGAGGAUGAGGAUUUUAAAGAGCAGACCAGACUCCUGAAAGCCAGCAUUCCAUUUUGUGUAGUGGGAUCCAACCAACUCAUUGAAGCCAAAGGUAAAAAAGUUAGAGGUCGACUCUACCCAUGGGGUGUAGUUGAAGUGGAGAAUCCGGAACACAACGACUUCCUGAAGCUGAGGACUAUGUUAAUCACUCAUAUGCAAGACCUUCAGGAGGUGACCCAGGAUCUUCACUAUGAGAACUUCCGCUCCGAGAGGCUCAAACGAGGCGGCAGGAAAAUAGAAGAUGAAGAAGUAAAUAAAGACCAGAUUCUGCUGGAAAAAGAAGCUGAGCUGCGCCGCAUGCAGGAGAUGAUUGCCAGGAUGCAGGCCCAGAUGCAGAUGCAGAUGCAAAGUGGAGAAGGAGACAGCACUGCAGUUCACGGGCACCAGGUGUAAAGUCUCAGAUGACUUCAUACCCUGACUUAAAGGAGACCUCUUGGAGUACAAUGGUGUUGCACCAGAAAGGAUGCCUUUUUGCUCCACGUGUGUUUUGGAGUUUGCUCCAGGGAAGCUUAAGGUGGAAAUACAUCGUGGUAGCUCUUGUGAUAGGUAUUUCAUAACAUGUAGCCACUUGGUAUUUUGUAUGUUAUACACAUUGAACUUUGUUUAGUAUUUCUUAUAUUGAGCUUCUUUUCAGUUUCCCAUUGUAUUAGGGGCACAGAUAGGCACUGAAACUUUUCUAGCCCAACAUAGUGUUAGGUAAUCACUUAUAUUUUUCAAUAUGGCUUUAUUAUCUCCCUGCUUUUAACUUUGUGUUACAUUUAGGGCUGAAGAGCUGUCAGUGGUACCUUGUUCAGUGGCAUGUUGUUGUCCCUUCUCUAAGGAUCCCUGCAAGGUUGAUUUUAGGGUCUUUGCAGUAUUUACAGAUGAGUGUCUGAUCCCACUACCCCUUUUGCUCUCUCUGCUCAGUGCAGAUGAUUUCCUUGGCAAAUAUCCAAUUAACACUCAAGCAUGCCUCGUGUCUUAACAAAAGAAAUAAGAGGAAAUGCCUCUUCCAGAGAUGUUUGAUGUGAGAGGCUUUCCUUCAAGCUUAACCUUGAGGGACAUACAUUCCUUUGUGUUUGCCUAAAGUCUCUCACUCUAUUGCAGACAAGAGUUUCUUGAGAUCAGUGCAAAUCAAUCCUGCUGUUUUCUAUUGUAGCCAAAUAAACUUGAAUAAUGCUGAUAUUGUUAAAUGAGGUAAACCCCAGAGAGUAGUUUUCUAUGCUUGAGUGUUUCUGAUAUCCAAAUGCAUAAGAAAGUCUCUACUUCCUAGUGAGUAUUUUCGUACUGUUUUUAGGGCAUUGCAAACUGUUAACUGUAGGAUAAAAUAAAUACUAGCACACUUCUCUUUGUUAAAGUGGUCUGUGCCUGACAGGAUCAAUGCAAACUGUAUUUUGAGGUCUUCCUCCGAGGUGGAGAUAGCAGUAUUACUUUGGAAGUGACCCUGAGAACUUACACUUGUUUUGUUUGUGUAGUUUAGGCCAAGGUCACUUUCUUUAACGCCGAUAGUAAAAGGAGCCUGGUUUUUAGCUUGGCUGGGCUUCUCCUACAUAUCAUGUCUGGUGCUGUACACAGCAACAGCUGCAGUGCACAGGGGCCUAGGUGGCAGCUGAUGGGGUACUACACCUUGGCUGCUUUUUCUGGUCCUCCUGAUCAAGCCAGCAAUCAGAUUUCCUAAUCUGAUCUGUUACAAAAUGUUGUUAUGGGAACAAUUAAUAAACAGAAUUGCAACAUUUUUCUCUGAGCUCAGGUGCAGCUGUGACUUUUAUAUUUCUGUGAUGUUUCUGUGGAAAAAUGAGCCGGAUUUCUAGGGCUGAUGUAUCAUUCCAGUGGCACUUCAGUGGCUGCAUUAAAUAUAAACCUGCCAAGCAGCUGAACUUUUUACCCACCUGAAACUGUUUAAUGAAUUGGUUUAGAUUUGGACUUUUCUCAAAAUGUGAAGUAAAAUCCUGCAUCACAGCCUGUGCCAGGGAGCUCCAGCUUUCUUCUCAAAAGCAAUUACAAGUUUUGCACAAGUCGUUUGACCUUCCCUGACCUUGACAGCAGUGAAGAUUAGAACCUUUUUGUGUGUUGAGACUCACAGAGGUGUGAAGUACCAUUUUGUCAAAUAUUUACAUGUAAAACUUAGAUGGAGAAACAUACACUUCUAAGUUCUUGGCUUGCUUUUUCAAAAGAGCAGGUAAAACCAAAGUAAUGUGGCAGUCUUGUCAGAGAACACUCCACAACACCCUCUUUAGUCCCGUUUUUGUGCAUCAGUUGCCAUCAAUUUACCAAAAGAACUUGCUGUGAAGUGAAGGAACCAGAUGCUUUGUCAAGUCUCAUGCUGUCCUUCAGUUGCUACAAAUGUGGGUUUUUCCCCCCUGGUGAUGCCAGUGUUUGUCCAGUUCUAAGCUCUGUGCCUGGUAGCUCUGUUUUGCGUGUGCUGGAGGCAGCGUGCUGCUGGCGUGGCCCGCUCUGCCGAGGUGAGCAGCUCCAGGAUAUCCCUGUUCUCACCAGAAAGCUUGGCAGGCUAUGGAAAGCUGCAGUGGUGCUAUGAACCUGUACUUGAAGACAAACUGUGAAACCUGAACUGUGUGCAGCGAGGGCCUGGGCGUACACAUGACUCUGUGUGUGGGGUUUGGGUGGGUCUUUGCCUCUACUUGCUGACCUGGGAACAAAAGCAGCUUCGUGUUUAGUGCUGUUUGGUGUCUGCCUGUGGAAUUAUUUUAAGCAAUGUCUUACUCUUUUUGAUAUAUCAGGUAUCUCUUAAAAUAUUUGAUCAGGGUAAAGGUUUCUGUUUGAUCCUUGGGCAAAUGGUUUCUGAUCUACAAAUGUGAGCAGCAGAAAUAGUUUCAUGUGGUUUUCAAUAGCAAAAAGCUGAUGACUCUGGCUGUUGGAACUGAAAUACUUAAGACAGCGAAUCGCUUCUUCCCAAGGCUUUAGGGCAGUCAUUCACAGGGUGCCAGAUGUCUCUGAAGGUCUGUUUUCCCUUCACUUUUCUCGUGGUGGUCUUGGAAUUCAUGGUUUCAUGGUAGGACAGGAAAAGCGAGGCCAGCUUUCUCAGAAUCUGUUUCAGACUCAACGAGUGGUUGAAGAAAGACUUGGAGACAAAAGGUAGAUGUUGUUUGGUGGCUCCCCAAACUGGCCACAAUACUUUUUCUGAUAAAGCAUUGUAAUGGGUUUUAUUUUGGGAGUCAAAAUACUGUUCGAUUUGUAGAGCUUUAUAGUUGAUAGCAAAAAUUACUUGCUCUUGGUACAAAAAACUGUUAUAUUCUGGUUUAUGUGCUGCCAUUAGCCAAAACUGUAAUAAAACAUGCUAAAAUCCUUGGU